CAUUUCCAUUUUACAAGAAUGUCACCCUAUACUGUACCUCCAGACAGCUAUAACUCCAUCAAGAACAUCGGAUGAUCUUCUUUUACCAACAAUGGAGUCUAACUCUACCUGUAAAUUAGUCAAUUUUGACUUUACGUUUAGAUUUUUGCCCUCAGUCUACGUGAGUGUUUUCACUCUUGGAGUUAUGGGAAACUGUUUGGGGCUAAAAUCGAUAUAUAAGAACUGGACGAAAAUGGGCAACGUGAAUAUCUUCAUGCUUAACCUUUGCGGGGCAGACAUUUUAUAUCUUCUCACUUUGCCUUUUUUUGUGGUUUACUACGCAUCCGAGCACAACUGGAUCUUUGGACAUGCUUUCUGCAAGAUUUUAAGAUUGUGUUUCUGCAUCAACCUGUACGGCAGCAUCGGUUUCCUCACCUGCAUCAGCGUUUACAGGUACCUGGGCAUCGUCCACACUUUAAGAGUUAAAGGCAGAAUUACAGCGAGGUUCUCCGUCUUGGUUGCUUUGUUUGUAUGGCUUCUGGUUUUUCUUCAGUCUCUGCCUGAUUUGUUCUUUGUCAAAACCUCCGAGAAUGCAACGUCAUGCUAUGACACGACUUCGGACAAGUACAUUAGGGAAUACCUCCAGUACAGCAUCGGGAGGACGGUCGUUGGAUUCGGUAUCCCGUUGUUAAUCAUGCUCUGCUGCUACGGACAUGUGGCGUUUACACUGUUGACAAAGAAAGACAUCGACAUCAUCUUGAAGCUGAGGUGUCUGAGGCUGGUUGUCAUCCUGAUUCUGCUCUUCUCGAUUUGUUUUACUCCUUUUCAUAUAUUUAGAAAUAUAAACCUGGCAACUCGAAUUUCCAAGCUCGACGGCACGUGUCUGAAAUGGUACGCAGAUGUAUAUAUUGCAAACCAGGUUGGAAAUGGACUGGCGUGCAUGAAUAGUGCCAUCAACCCGCUUCUCUACCUGUUUAACAGUGAUGAGUUUUUGAUGAAGUUUUUUGUAAAGUGCAGACGAUCCAGACAAUCUGUCGUUUCUCCUCAAGUUUCUCCUUCACUAAAGCGUGAACUUACCAUGAGUUAGAGAUGAAUGAAGAGUCUUUGUGCGAUAACUUAUUUCUUCUUUUCCACUAGAUUAUGAACAGUGAAUUAAAUGAUUCUUUUAUCAUCCAUGCAAGUAGCUACAUACUAUGUGACAAAUUAUCAAUGGACCUUAAGUUCACCGUUGACCUUUUUGAUAGAAGCUCAUAUUCGCAGUUUGAUGUUAUUUUUUUUUUUACUUUUGCUUAAACUUUUUUUACUGUUUGACAGGAUUUUGCUUGAUGCUUUAUUUCAUUCUUAGAAAAAGUGUAUUCUUAUUGUGUUUCCAUUUAAAGCUAAAGCCACACACAUUAAUAAAUGGUCAAUCAGUGGUUCCCACAGGUUUCAAAUAUACUUGUGGUAGCCGGGUUGAAACACAUCUAUUACCCACAGCACAUUAAUGGUCAAGUACAUGCGACAAACAAACAAAAAAAAGUGAAUUUUAACUAUAUUAUUAUUUAUUAUGACACUGUUAUACACUUUUUUUCAAUGGCUUAAUUCUAUUUAAAAGGCUGUUGAAAUAAACG